AUGACGCUCGACCGUGGAUUCGUGUAUUUGACCAACUCUCUCCCACGCGCGAAACCCUCCCCCGAAGCUACCAAAACUUCCUCCGAAUAUACAUUCGCCAACCGUUGCACCCAAAGUACGAAACCACCCACCUACCGUUCCGCUUGCUUCCAACAACCAGUUCAACAACAAUCCCGCGCCCCGCUGCCAAUAAGAAGAGAUGGCUCUGAGCUUCGUGAGGUUGCAAAAACCUCCUCCGAGCACCGCAGAAAACUCUAUAACCCAGCGCACAAAUAA